AUGGAAGGAGGGAGGAGACGAGGAGAGAGAUCAGCUCCGGCGGAGUCACCGGAUGGGGGUCGGGAAGGAGAUGACAACCGAGAGGAGGACGGGAUGGAGAAGUUCUACGCUUUGAUCGCGAACAUCAGAGCGAUCAGAGACUCCCUGAGGAGAAGCCAACGUAAGAGGCUGAGAAAGGAAGCGGCGAAGCCUGUUUGGAAGCCGAGGUUCGAGAUGGAAGACUUCAUGCAUGAGGAGGAGGAGGAGGACGAAGAGGAAGGCAGUGGUGGCUCGGCGAUCGACGCGUCGAGACCUCCGAAGCAAAGGAGAAAGAAGGAGGAGAGGGAGGAGGAGGGAGAAGAAGGGAAGAGUCGUGGCUUAGAUCUGUGUCUUUCUCUCUGA